CCGACUCUCAUUCUGCGAAGAAACGCAGACGCUGGCGGAACACAUCGGUUGAGGGUAGCGCUUUGUUAUCGAAUAUAAAAUAUUAUAGUUAAGUCCGUUACUUUUGAGUGUCCUAUACGGUUGUGAUUAAAGUGAAAACAAAAGAAGCACUGCGUGUCCAAAAACUUUUCCGAUUCGGCAGAAUGGAGUUGACAAAUGUGAAAAUUGAUGGUGAUGUUCCGCUGCCCUCUAUCACCAAUGGACCUCCAGGGAAUGCUGUAGGUGACAAGGAAAAAGCUCCGGCAAAACUUUUAUACGCCAUUAACGAAAAUCCACCAUGGUAUUUAAGUAUAUUCCUAGCACUCCAGCAUUAUCUGACAAUGAUUGGCGCUAUUGUAUCUAUACCAUUCAUCCUGACGCCCGCACUUUGUAUGUCCGAUGAGGAUCCUGAUCGUGGUGUCAUAAUAUCAACAAUGAUAUUUGUAACAGGAAUCGUUACGAUACUGCAGGCAACUUGGGGUGUGCGUUUACCCAUUGUACAGGGUGGGACAAUAUCUUUUUUGGUACCCACAUUAGCUAUUCUCUCGCUACCGCAAUGGAAAUGUCCGGCAGUGGAAGCAAUUGAGGCGUUGGAAGAAGAUGAACGCAAGAAUUUGUGGCAAACCCGUAUGCGAGAGUUGUCAGGUGCAAUUGCGGUUUCAGCAUUAGUUCAGGUUGUAUUAGGCUAUACAGGACUUGUUGGAAAAAUCCUGCGCUUCGUAACACCACUUACUAUUGUGCCAACAGUUUCCCUGGUCGGACUAACAUUGUUCGAACAUGCCGCAGAUACAGCAUCUAAGCACUGGGGUAUUGCAGUUGGCACUACAGCCAUGUUGACAUUGUUUUCGCAGAUAAUGGCUAACGUAUCUGUGCCGUUUCCAGCUUAUCGCAAGGGUCAUGGCAUCGAAAUACGCAGCUUCCAGCUUUUUAGAAUGUUCCCGGUGCUCCUUACUAUCGCUAUAAUGUGGGGUUUAUGUGGAAUUUUAACGGUGACAAACGUUUUCGAAGAAGGACAUCCAUCACGUACGGAUGUACGUCUAAAGGUGUUGACCAAUGCCAAAUGGUUUUAUGUUCCAUAUCCUUUCCAAUUCGGUUUGCCAUCAGUGACUUUAUCUGGAGUAUUGGGUAUGUUGGCGGGAGUUUUGGCGUGUACCGUAGAGUCGCUCAGUUACUAUCCAACGGUUUCGCAAAUGGCUGGGGCACAAUCUCCUCCACUGCAUGCUAUUAAUCGUGGUAUUGGCACAGAGGGGCUUGGUACAGUACUAGCUGGUAUUUGGGGAGCAGGUAAUGGCACAAACACUUUUGGCGAAAAUGUGGGAGCUAUUGGUGUCACUAAGGUCGGCUCACGUCGUGUUAUUCAGUGGGCCGCAAUAAUUAUGAUAAUUCAAGGUGUAAUUGGCAAAUUUGGUGCUGUUUUUAUAAUGAUACCAGAUUCAGUGGUUGGUGGCAUAUUUUGCGUUAUGUUCGGCAUGAUAAUUGCCUUCGGACUUUCCACAUUGCAAUAUGUAGACUUGCGAUCGGCUCGAAAUCUUUAUAUUAUUGGUUUAUCCAUUUUCUUUCCUAUGGUCUUAUGUAAAUGGAUGCAAGAACAUCCUGGAGCGAUAAAUACUGGAAAUGAAACGGUUGAUUCGACGCUAUCAGUUCUGCUCGGCACAACUAUUCUCGUAGGUGGCUUAUUGGGCUGUUUCUUGGAUAAUAUUAUACCAGGCACUGCGGAAGAGCGUGGACUUGUUGAUUGGGCAAAUGAAAUGCCACUCGGCGACGCAAAUAUCAAUGAUGGCACGGCCACAGACUAUGAUUUCCCAUGGGGUAUGGAGACUUUAAGGAAGUGGAAAUGGACAUAUUACAUACCGUUCUUACCAACAUACAAACUACAAAAAACAAGCUAAAUUCUCAGAUAGGCGUACUCUUACUGUAUGUAUGAGUUAUAGCCACUUUUUUUUCAUUAAACGUCUAAUUGUAUAUUAAGGAAGUGUGAAAUCGACAAUUGCUUUGCCGGUGCGACCAAUAUAAAUAUAGAAAA